UAGUACCUGGGUUGCCUAAAAGUUAGUGUAGUCAUCCCAGAGUACUAAGUGGAAUCAUGGUAAUUUAGGCAAGGGAUUCAUCAUACCCGAGUGUACACUCAGGUAUAAGUCCAGUAAAGAAGUUGUAGUGAAUUUCUGCGUUAGUAGGAGUCUGUCAUUUGAUCCCUUUUUGUGGUAGAAAUCCAAUGUGAAGAGAUGAGAAAUUUUGUGUGAAAGUUUUAGCCAUCAAAAAAGUACUGUCACACACUCAUGCACAAAACUACCUCCCAAAGUGUUGUCCAAAGUCUUCCUAUAAAAGAAUUAAGAAUAUAAUGGAAGAGAGUGCAGUUUUGCCAAGUUGGACAAAUGACAACAAACAAAAACUGAAGUACGACCUUUCCUGUGAGCUCUACCGGAUGUCCACGUACUCGGCUUUUCCCAGCGGCGUACCUGUCUCGGAAAGGAGUCUCGCUCGUGCUGGCUUCUAUUACACUGGUGUGAACGACCGAGUCAAGUGCUUCUCUUGUGGGCUGAUGCUGGAUAACUGGAAACGGGGAGACAGUCCGAUCGAAAAGCAUAAACAGCUGUACCCCAGCUGCGGCUUUGCUCAGAACCUGACUUCCACGAGCCUGCGGUCCUUCUCUAAAAGUUACCCCACAGUGAUGAACAGCGGGCCACAUUCAUUAUCUCCUCCUUUGGAACCCAGUGGUCCACUCGGUGGCUUUUAUUCCGGCCUUUCACCAGACCCUCUCAACUCCAGAGCAGUUGAAGACUUCUCUCCAGUAAGGACUAAUCCCUACAGUUACGCCAUGAGUACUGAAGAAGCCAGAUUGCUUACUUACAAGAUGUGGCCAUUGACCUUUUUGUCACCAUUGGACCUGGCAAGAGCUGGCUUUUAUUACAUAGGACCUGGAGAUAGGGUCGCCUGCUUUGCCUGCUGUGGAAAGCUGAGUAACUGGGAACCGAAGGAUGAUGCCAUGUCAGAACACCAGAGGCAUUUUCCCAACUGUCCAUUUCUAGAAAACUCUCUAGAAACUCUGAGGCUUAGUAUUUCAAAUCUGAGCAUGCAGACACAUGCAGCUCGAAUGCGGUCAUUCAGGUCUUGGCCAUCUGCGGUUCCAGUUCAGCCUAAGCAGCUCGCAAGUGCCGGCUUUUACUAUGUUGGUCGCAACGAUGAUGUCAAAUGCUUUUGUUGUGAUGGCGGCUUGAGAUGUUGGGAAUCUGGAGAUGACCCGUGGGUGGAGCAUGCCAAGUGGUUUCCCAGGUGUGAAUUCUUGAUACACAUGAAAGGGCAGGAAUUUGUAGAUGAAAUCCAAGCUAGAUACCCUCAUCUUCUUGAGCAACUGCUGUCAACUUCAGACACUUCCGGAGAAGAAAAUAUUGAUCCGCCAAUUGUACAUUUUGGACCUGGAGAAAGUUCUUCAGAAGAUGCCGUCAUGAUGAGUACACCUGUGGUUAAAGCUGCUUUGGAAAUGGGUUUUAGCAGAAGCCUGGUAAAGCAGACGGUUCAGAGUAAAAUCCUGAGCACCGGAGAGAACUACAAAACAGUUAAUGAUAUUGUAUCAGCAAUUCUUAGUGCUGAAGAUGAAAGCCGAGAAGAGGAGAAGGAAAGACAAGCUGAAGAGGUGGCAUCAGAACCGGGGAUUGAACUCAGACCCUUGUGCUUACCAGAUGACUUGUCAUUAAUUCGGAAGAACAGAAUGGCUCUCUUUCAGCGCUUGACAAGUAUACUUCCUAUCCUGGAUAAUCUGUUAAAGUCCAAUGUAAUUAAUAAACAGGAACAUGAAAUUAUUAAACAAAAAACACAGAUACCUCUACAAGCAAGAGAACUGAUUGAUACCAUUUUAGUUAAAGGAAAUGCUGCUGCCAGCAUCUUCAAAAACUGCCUAAAAGAAAUUGACUCUACAUUAUUUAAGAACUUAUUUGUGGAAAAGAAUAUGAAGUAUAUUCCAACAGAAGAUGUUUCAGGUCUGUCUCUGGAAGAGCAGCUGAGGAGGCUACAGGAGGAGAGAACUUGUAAAGUGUGCAUGGACAAGGAGGUUUCUAUUGUGUUCAUUCCCUGCGGCCACCUGGUGGUGUGCCAGGAAUGUGCCCCUUCUCUACGAAAGUGCCCUAUUUGCCGGGGUAUAAUCAAGGGUACUGUGCGUACAUUUCUCUCAUAAAACAAAAUAGGUUGUUGUAUGCUGCCUAUACAGAAAAGUCUUUAAAGUUUUGGUGAACAUUUGAAAUUAUUUGAAACAAAAAAGAAAUUAUUGGUUCUUCACCUGUUAAUAUUCAUAUUCUAUUCUGCUUUGGUAUUAAGAAUUUUGUCUCAAAAAAGGUAUUAUAUAUUUAAUCUUAAUGUUUAGUUGCCAAG